CGCCCUCAACAGAAGCUCCUUCGCUUGAAGCUGUUGUCCAAGCCCCUGGGUCUGUAAGCACGUCUGACCCUGAACGUGGGCCCGACGUCGAUCGAGCUCCGACGGCAGCGCCGACCUCGGCACCAACGUUCAUGGUUGAGGUUCAGGAGGCCGCCAUUGGCGCAGCCCAAGUUAUCUCUACCGCCUCCGUCGGGGGUGUCGUGGCGUCGACCGUGGCGACCGUCGCCAGUGGUUCCGUCAGUGGAGCGUCAUCAGUAAUGGCGGGGGGCGCGGGCCAGGCAUCGACGCAGAGUACGUUCCGCAAUCCGUCGUCGACAAUGGCUCUACUUCUUACGUCACAAGUUCAGUUUUUAGCAACGCUGUCGUUCGUGGACAAUACGGGAGCGGAGGAUUCUGCUCUCUCUGCGUUUGCCAACGUCCUCAGGUGGGUAAACUUGUGGCCAAGCGAAAGCUUCUCGGAGGGUGUUGCAUCACGGAUCUUUCCGAGCGAACCCGACAAAAUCAAUGGAGACGAUGAUGGUGACGAUGAUGGUGACGAUGAUGGUGACGAUGAUACAACGAAACGAGGAAUAUCCGUGUCAUUUACCCACGACCUCGGCUCUCUGUUGUUCAUGGGAAAUCUUGCGCUUUUUGCCGGGCUUCUGGUGAUCAUAUUUUCCUUGCACAUCUUGGUGGCGUCGGGAAUUGAAGCGCACUGGCUGGCAAAGGUGAGAAAUGACCCUACAUUGAGUUGUAGGUUGGUAUCGCGAGCCGUUCCCCAGGGAAAAACAUCCAUACGUUCAACAAUAAGCAUGGCAGGUGUUUUCGGCGUGCAGAUUGUGACUAUCGCGAAACCAAAUGAUGGCGGCAUGGGUAAUGAGCGUAGAGCUACACAGAGUUGCAACGGGCAACGUAUGUUACUUACGCACCCCCCAACCAACAAACUGCCCUCCUGCCUCUGUUUCGUGCUCUACAAGCAACGGGCGAGUAGGGAGGCUUCAAGAGCCCUGGGCCAUGGCCUUUUUUUAGGCGAGCUGUCCACAGCCAUCUUGGACACACGCUUCCAGCAGCCGAGUUUGGAUAGGGGCUCCUCAGCAGGGAGGCAGUCGGCAGAUACCGUUCGGUCGCACUCAUUGAGAGGACCAUCUACGCUAUUUCGGGGCAGCAGCGACUCGGGGGAUUUGGAGAGCAAUGAAGAAGAAGGCGGACGAACGAACGCGCGUCAGAGGAAAUCGAUGGGCCGAGUGUUAGAGUGUCGAGAACUGUCGCAGUCACCGUGGCUCCAUUACCCGCACCUGGAACUCAUCUUUCUUUUCUUCGCCUUCGAGGGUGCAGUGACCUCACAGGUCUCAGCCUUGCGAAGUACAAGUUCUUCGAAGCUUUAUUACGCGGCCUUGGUGACGCUGGUGAGGGCAUGUGAAGCGGGGGCAGUGCUCUACCCAGUGCUGAUGUUUGCAAUGGUCGCGCGAACUCACAGGGUGAGGGUUCGAUCAGAUGCCCUCAUUGUGUUCGUGUCCAAUGAAAACCGCGUAACCUGGAUGGGAAGAAAAGAGUUUUUCUCUAAACUCCUUGCUGGUUCGAGAAAAGAUUUCAGCUUUUUUGCUUGGGCAGACAAAGGACAGUGGGAGACAGUUCAAACGUCGGACGUGAAUGCAAGACGUGAUGCUGAUUGGUUCCGGAUCGGGUUCGAGCCACUGUUUGCCGACUUCACCCAAGCUGGAUCGUGGUUCAUUCUCUACACAUUGAUGGAGAACGCUGAUGCAAAUUCGAUCAGUACGAUCACGUUCGCCGGAGCGCUCACGUGCAGGAGGGGGAACUUUGAGGUCUCUUUGAUGAAGUGGGCGUUCUUUGCGAUCGUUGGCGUGCUGGUGGACAACAGUGCGGUUCAACUCGGGUUAUUCUGUGCCAUGCAUUCGUCGACCUUCAUCCUGCUCGUGGCUUUCAAGCCCUUCGCAAACAGCGCUACGUCCACCGAAAGCUUGGACCAUUCAAUGUCGAUGCAAUGGGAACCGGACAAUUUGGUGCCCUCUACAAAUGGGGAAAAAUCCGAAAUGAUGACCCUUGUCAUGUCUAGGAUGUCGACUAUCCCCAAUGAAACGCUGUUUUAUUGCAUUCUCGGAAUUCUUGGGACUGUUCUGCCAGAGUUGACGGUCGGGCGGCGCGCUGAGCGGGAGUUCAUCACCCGUCGCACGCUCCGGCUGUGGGCACCCACCUGGUUCAGAAUGGUCGGCAACAACCUGUUCGCAUGUGUGAGGGAUACGAGAGAGGGUAUCCGUGACCCGACGGGCUCCAGGCUCCAAGCGCGUCUGCGAGCCGGGCGAAUCGGCCCUUAUCCCGAGUCGUACUUCAAACUACGCGUACCGGUUGCUAUCGACCUGCCACGUCGCCGUUCUGGUGCUUCAUAUUGGCACGAGGAGCACGUGGAUGCCAACACUGAGCAAUGCUCCCCUGGAAGACGUUCGAGCGGCCAAGGAUGGCCCAUGGAGAAUGAUCUACCUCUCCGUCGUCCGCGAUACUCUUUCCAUUCGCGUACCUCCUCCCCAAGCAUGGAUACAUCCGGCGAAACGGCAAAGCCCAUGAAAAUGGACGAGCACCGAAGCUAUGGAAGGCAGAACCAAGCAGGUGCUACCAAGGACGAUCUGCCCCGCCGCCGUUUCUUUUCCCCCUCGAUGUUAGGGAGUGUGGAUAUUGUCAUCGCCGAACAGGCGAUGCAGGAUUAUGGCAUUGACACGGGAGCUAUCUUAGAAGUGCACGAUCGAAAUCACGGUCGGGGUCGCACACCGGGAGGACCGACAGAGGAAGAUUUGCCUCGUCGUCGCCCAGGCUAUGUGCUUGCCCCAGGUGUUUUGUGCUGGAACACGAUCAUGGUCUGGAAUAUGCUGUUGAUGAGAUCAAUGCUCGACGUGAUUGGGAGCGUCGACGGGCAGGACCCAUCGAAGACGAUCUGCCUCACCGCCGCUCCGAUUUCUCGUCGACUUCUGGGGCCGCAUCACAUGAUCCCGACCACCCUGGUGUGCAGACUAAGCACGACUACAGCAAGAAUGCACGGCCCACUGGAGACGAACGAGGUGAUAGACGUUGUGUAACUCAGAGAUGGGGCCAACCCGUCGAAUUUAGCCUGCCUCGGCGUCGUUCGGAUUUCUCUUCCGCCUCAACGGCUUCGGUGGACGGCAGCAGUAAACGACAAAAGGAGUCCGUGUUGAUGUGUGAGAAUUACCUGGAACCUGUGGUGGAUGAAGACAGUAGGCGUGGUUGGGGUCGCGUGCGAGCAGGACCUGCCGAGGACAACCUACCCCACCGUCGCCCAGUUUUCCCGUCCAUGUCGGAUUAUGCCAAGGAUUCCAGAGGGCAUGGACUGCGAAAAUGGGGAGAACCUGUUGAGAAUGACUUGCCCCGGCGUCGGUCGUGGUUCUCUUCUGCUUCAACGGCAUCGAUAUGCAGCAUCAGUGACACCGGACUACCGUCAAGAACGGACCACGGAGAUGGUGUUUUGCUUGAUGCCGACGAUGACGGCCUCCAGCAUUGUCGAGGAAGAAAACGGUGUGGGCCAAUUGAA